AUGAUAACGAGUGGUCGAGAAUACAGUAACAAUGGUUCGUCUACGUCAUCUUCGUCUCAUCAAUACGACAACGUUCUCGAGUCGUUGCAUGAGAUAGACAACAGAAGUUUGGGAUUUGCCGCUGGUACGUCGAAUGCACUGCUUCAUAGACCGGUUUUAACCGAACAGAAAACCGGGUUUCACGGUUUACACAGAGAGCCAAGUUUUGAUUGGGCGAAUCUUGGUGGACAUAACUCGGUACCGGAACUCGGACUGAAUCAUAACGUUCCGAGUCUACGGUAUAACGACGGUGGUGGUUAUUUUAAUGGUGUGAAGACGAACGAGGAAGGUGAUAGAACGCAGCAACAAGCUGAUGGGGUUAGUCGGUUUAGUAACUCGGGCGUGUUGGUUAACCAGGGUUUUAGUAUUGACCCGGUUAAUGGAUUUGGGUACUCGGGUCAACAAUCUAGUGGGUUCGGGUUUAUGUGA